AUGGCAGCCCCCAAUGGCAAGCCGAGGGGCAAGAAGCCGAAGCCCGAAAACCCAAUAUCGGCAGCAACCCGAGCUUGGCUUCUCUCACUCCCCCCGCAAGCCCAGCCAUGGCGAACCUCUGAUGAACUGGACACUCUUCUUAACCAACAAACACCGAAACGGUUCGCCAUUUACGAGCCUAUGCUUCUCCUCCCCAGCGGGAGCUUCGAUAAGGGCCUUUGGCGCACUCUCCUUGGCCACCCCGACAUCACUGACGACAAGAUUCACCAGCUAUGGGAUGCCAUCCUGCGGGACGUCUCAAACACGGGCUCGAGCAUGCUCACUCACCUCGCCAUCAAUGAAGGAAUCCCCCUCCAGACGGGCGCGAAGACGGACGACGGGAUCGCCGUCGAAAAGGGCGAGAACAUCCUCCGGACCCCCAGCGGCCUCAAGAUCCUGCACGGCGACUUUGGCCCUCCCAUCAAUCCAGCCAAGCCCUCGUCUGAGGACUUUGAGACGGCCUUUUGGGUGUCAACCAAACAGAACGGCAUCUAUCAGACAUGGGCCCCGCGCUGGACCAUGUUCAGCCGGGGAAACAUCAAGGAAAAGACGCGCCUCCUCGAGUUUCACAGCCACGCAGUCCCCGAGGCCAUGUCUCAUCGCCGUCGCACCGCGUCUUCGCUCAAGAAGCAUUGGGCGGUGGAUUUGUACGCGGGCAUCGGCUACUUCACCUUCUCGUACGCCAAGCUCGGCCUGAGGGUCCUCUGCUGGGAGCUGAACCCGUGGAGCGUCGAGGCCCUGCGCCGCGGUGCCGUCGCCAACGGUUGGCGGGUCAGGGUUGUCCAGGGUGCCGACCUCGAGCUACCCGCCGCCCAACUCCUCACGGGCGACGAGCAGAUCGUCGUUUUCCUCCAAGACAACCAGAAAGCUGCAGACAGGAUAGCAGACAUCCGGGCCUCGGGUACUCCGGUCGAUAUCCUACACGUCAAUGGCGGGCUGCUCCCGACCAGCGAGCCCACGUGGCGGCCGGCGUGGGACAUGACAGCCACAUCCCCUGAAGGCUGCUGGCUGCAUCUCCACGAAAAUGUCGGCAUUCAUGACAUCGAACCGAGACGCGCAAACAUUCAAAGCCUGUACGACGGCUGGGCGGCAGCGACGGAGAGCGGCCGAGCCGCCAUGGUCGAGCAUGUCGAAUUAGUCAAGACGUACGCGCCCGACGUCUGGCAUUGCGUCUUUGAUGUACAUAUUACAAUAUCUAAUAAGGUUACAUAA